ACAACGAAUCCAUCCAACAGGACCUACGAGACUUACUAGAUAGUCUCGCACCAGUAUCAUCUACAUCCGAAGAACAAACCGACAUGGCACAGAAUGAGCAAGAUGAGGAGGUCAACAAUCCUCCUAAGUCUCUUCUUCGCGAUUUGGCUCAACCAGUAAUUGGGCCAGUGACUUCAUGCAUCCGACUGGGGACAGCAGCUCGGAACUACGAGCUCAAAACCAUCCACUACAACCAGCUCUCGUCCUUCCAUGGUCUUCCCAAUGAGGACCCACUUCAUUUCAUGCGAGAGUUCUACAAUGUUCUCCAAACGUUUCCACUCCACGGAUUGAAUGAGGACCAACUGAAAAUGAGGUGCUUUCCGGAGACACUAAAGGAUAGAGCUAAGGCGUGGCUGAUGACACUUGCUCCAGACUCUCUUACCACUUGGGAGCAAGUGUACACGAAGCUCAUCGGGAGGUAUUACUCCCACCAAAAGACUCAAGAGCUGCGGUCCCAAAUUGUCUCUUUUGCCCAACAACCGCACGAGCCCCUUCAUGAAGCGUGGGAACGUUUUAAAGACCUACAGAGGCAGUGCCCACACCACAAUCUCCCUCCGGUCCUUUUGAUGAAUGGCUUCUAUGAUUCUCUCCACCAGAACCUUCAGUACAUGGUGGACAAUGCAGCUGGUGGAGACAUUGGGGCGAGAACAGCGGAGGAGAUGAUGGAUAUUUUUGAGGCGUUAAGUUCUAGCUCGUCUCAGAAGAGCAGUCGAGGAAAGAGAGCGGUGGUCAAUGAAGUAUCUUCGGGACGAGACAUGAUGGCCCAUCAGAUAGCCGACCUAACGGAGCAAAUGAGGCUAAUGAAUGCUCGAACAAUGCAGCCAGUCCAGACCAUGACAGUGGAUACAUGCGGGGCGUGUGGAGCCCAAGGGCACCGGUCAGAGUGUGCCCAUCAGCUUUCGACCAGGAGGUGGGAGAACAAUAUGCAGAUGUCAACGCCCUCCAAGGUUAUCAGAACCGGCAGCCCAACGACCCCUUCUCCAACACUUACAAUCCAGGGUGGAGAAACCACCCACACUUCUCGUGGUCUAACAACAACAACACUCUCCAACCACCUCGCCCAAGCUUCAAACCAACAACAGCCUCGCCCCAACCUCAUGCAGCAGCAAUCCCGUCCCAAUUUCAUCCCUCGUCCAAACUACCAACAACAUCAGCAACCUCAACAGUCAGCCCAAGGGUCCGGUUCAAGCUCGUCAAACCAAGAUGACAAGCUGGACAAGAUCCUUCAUUUCAUCACCAACCAGGACUCGUCUAUUAAGCGUCUUGAGACGCAAGUGGGCCAACUUGCCACGAGAGUCGGGAACAUGGAGGCUGAGUUCGACAAAGGGAAACUUUCGAGCCAGCCCGAGCAAGCCAAAGCAAUAACUGUGUUGAGGAGCGGUAAGGAAGUGGACAACAAAGUGAAAAUGCCUGAGCCCGAUGUCCCAAGAACAACCGACCAGCCCAAAGAAACCGAGGAGAGUACAAAGACCACAAAAACCGACUCGGGAGAACCAACAAAGAGUCCCUUGCUUCAUAAAUCACCAAACCCUUACAAGCCACGCAUCCCUUUUCCGAGUAGACUUCGAGAUGAGAAGCAGGAACAGCAAUUUCAGGACCUAUACAAUAUGCUCUCGAAGGUCAAUGUCAACUUGCCUCUCCUAGACGUGAUCAAGAGUAUGCCAUCGUACGUCAAGUUUUUUAAAGAUUUGGUCACAAAGAAGAGGAAGUUCGGAGACGGGGAGAAGGUGAUUGUCUAUGAGGCGGCGAGUGCCAUGCAGCAUGACCUUACCAAGAAAGAACGAGACCCCGGAGGAUUCGUGAUAAAAAUUGCUCUUGGGAAUGGCAAAGAAGCCUCGGGAAUGCUUGACCUCGGAGCGGGAAUCAAUCUUAUGCCAUUUUUCAUCUUCCAGCGGCUCGGUCUAGGAGAUUUGAGACCAACCCGUAUGUGCCUACAACUUGCUGACCGUUCCAUUCGAUACCCCAAAGGAGUGGUGGAAGAUAUCCUAGUUCGUGUCGGGAAGCUCAUAGUCCCGGUGGACUUCGUGGUUCUAGAUGUGGGGGACGUUCACGAGAACGGGAAGAACCACACUAUCCUUCUCGGCAGGCCAUUUAUGGCCACCACAAACACCCUCAUUGAUGUCAAGAACGGGACCUUGAACAUGACGGUCCUAGGGGAGUCCGUCUCUAUCUCUGUCCGAGAGGCCACAUCUAGCCCUUCGGCGAACCUUGUGGAAGAGUGUUCGUUCGUUGAUAUGAUUGAUCCUUUUGUCGAGGAGAUGGCCAUACGAGACUUGGAAGAGAGCCCUUCGGCGAACCUUGUGGAGGAGUGUUCGUUCGUUGAUAUGAUUGAUCCUUUUGUCGAGGAGAUGGUCAUACGAGACUUGGAAGAGAGGUCAUUGCCCGAUCUCGAAGAGGAAGAAGGACCGUUUGUUGAGCUAAUGGAGGUCGAGGAACCAAGACCGAAGACCCCACCAACACUGGAGCUAAAAGAGUUGCCUCGCCACCUCAAGUACGUUUUCCUCGAUGAUGAGAAACAAAAGCCGAUUAUUAUAUUUGCCGAGCUUAAUCAAGAAGAAGAGAAAGAGCUGAUCGAAGUGCUUAAGAAGAAUCAAAAGGCCAUCGGUUGGAGCCUAGACGACAUAAAGGGGAUCAGCCCUUCCACUUGUAUGCACCGGAUCGUGUUGGAGGAGGGUGCCAGGCCAUUUCGGGAUAGCCAGCGACGGCUCAACCCGAACAUGAUGGAGGUCGUGAAAAAGGAGGUGUUGAAGCUCUACUCAGAAGGGCUCAUCUAUCCAGUGGCCGACAGUGAAUGGGUUAGCCCCAUCCAUGUGGUGCCGAAGAAGGGGGGCAUCACAGUGAUCGAAAACGAGAAGAAGGAGAUGGUCCCCACCCGAAUCACUACCGG